AGCUCCUGUUCCUAUAACCUGCUCCAUGAGAGGAAUGGAUUUGAAAAAAGAGUCUGCUCAAGUACUAUGUCCCCCAGGAUGCAACACCCAACAGCUCUCUGUCUAUGGAGAUGGCGUAUAUGCAGGCGUGUCCAGUGUGUGUGGCGCUGCACAUCACCGUGGGGUGAUUUCCAGCAAUGGUGGACCUGUGUCACUACGUAGACUUCCUGGUAAACAAAAUUACCAAGCUGUCUUAGCAAAUGGAAUCCAAUCACAGCCACUGAGCAAAUGGUCAUUAUCUUUCUCUGUAUCCAAUCAUAAGUUACACAAGGAGGAUCUCAGGAUUCAUGACAUCUGCAUUUGUCUCAUUCUUGCAGCUAGACGCCAGAAGAAAACACCAGAGAAGUCAACUGGAAAUAAAGACUGUAAAGCUGAAAUAGCCUUCUUGAUUGAUGGCAGUAACAACAUUGGACAGCGCCGGUUCAACCUGCAGAAGAAUUUUGUGGCUAAAGUGGCUCUCAUGCUGGGAAUUGGCACCGAUGGGCCUCACGUGGGAGUAGUGCAAGCCAGCGAACUGCCAAAGACAGAGUUCUUUCUGAAAAAUUUCACCUCUGCAAAGGAUGUCAUGUUUGCGGUGAAAGAGAUCAACUUCAAAGGAGGAAAUUCCAACAUAGGUAAAGCUGUAAGACACACAGCUCAGACUUUCUUUAGUAUUGCUAAUGGGGUGCGAAAAGGAAUCCCGAAAGUCAUGGUGGUAUUUAUAGAUGGAUGGCCCUCUGACAACAUCGAAGAAGCUGGUAUAAUAGCUCGGGAAUAUGGCAUCAAUGUCUUCAUUGUGUCAGUGGCACCUCCCAGCCCCGAAGAACUUGGAAUGGUGCAGGAUGUGGCAUUCAUAGACAAAGCUGUCUGCAAGAACAACAGCUUUUUCUCCUUCCACAUGCCGAGCUGGUUUGGCACCACUAAGUACACAAAGCCUCUGGUACAAAAGCUAUGUACACACGAGCAGCUUCUCUGCAGCAAGACCUGCUACAACUCAGUCAACAUUGCAUUCCUGAUUGACGGCUCCAGUAGUAUCGGGGAUCAAAACUUCCGAAUCAUGCUGGAUUUCAUAACCAACGUUGUGCGAGCAUUUGAAGUGUCUGAUGUUGGUGCAAAAGUAGCUGCUGUACAGUUCACCUAUGAUCAGCGUUUAGAGUUUGGCCUGAAUGACUAUGCCACCAAGGAGGAUGUCCUGCGUGCCAUUUACAACAUCCCUUAUAUGAGUGGUGGCACUGCUACCGGAGAUGCCAUCAAUUUUGUUUUGCGCAGUGUUUUCCAACCAACCAGGGAUGGGCACAACAAAAACUUCCUAGUCCUCAUCACCGAUGGUCAGUCUUAUGAUGAUGUCAGGGGGCCAGCUCUUGCAGCACACAGAGAAGGUGUAACAGUGUAUUCCGUAGGUGUAGCUUGGGCACCUCUCGACGACCUGAAGGACAUGGCAUCUGAACCCAAAAACUCCCACACCUUCUUCAGCAGAGAAUUCCCAGGCCUGGAGCAAAUUGUUCCUAGCAUAAUCCGUGGAAUCUGCAGAGAUUACCUGGAUUCACAGAAGUGA